GCCUAGGGCUCCAUUGUGGUUGUGCAUUAAUUUACAACCUACUCCCCUUCUAAAGAAUUUUACAUUGUUUCCAAACCUGUGCUAUUGUAAAUCAGGCUGCAAAAAAUAUCCUUAUAUUUUAUCACACAUAUGUAUCCCAUAUAUAUCACAUUUGUAUAUGUGAUUUCCCACAUGUGCAAAUAUUUCUGCAGGAUAAAUCACUAAAAGUGGAAUUGCUGUGUCAGAGCGUUUGUGCUUUUGAUAUGUUGGUAGCUGUGACUAAAUUGCUCUCCAGAGAGAUUAUACUGAUUUACACUCUCAUAGCAGCGUAUGAGGGUAUAUAUUUCUCUAUACUCUCCCCAACACAGUCUAUUAAACUUUUUUCAUGCUGUGUUUGUUUUCAAAAUAAUGGCUGUGAACACCGUAUCAAAGGGUUACCUUUGUGAGGGAUGACCCGGCACUGCAUUUGUCUGCCAGGAAACUAAGAAACAAAUGACCAAAGAUUAAUUCCCUUUUGUUCAUGAUCAUUUACUCAUUUCAGCCCACAGACUUCAUCUAUGCCUGGUUCUGGGCACUAGGGGUAGAAAGAUCUGCGACUUGGUCCCUGUCCCCAGGAAGUUCAUCUUGUAGAGCGAGACACAGAGAAGUGGCUAUGAUAUGGUGUGCAUUGUGUUACACACAGUUGCAGAGAAUGGGAUAAUGGAACAAGGGAAAGUGUUGCUAGAUGUCUUAGGAAGUGUUGCCAGGAUCUCUUGAUUGUGCUAAACUUGAUGGGGAAUGUCAUCCCGGAAACAGCCAGGUGGAGAGAAGGAAGUUGGACUCUUGAGGACCAGCCAGCUCAAGGUGGAUGCUGUGCGACUGGAAGCUCCUCUGGAGGUUACCGCGGGCACCUCCCUGCAGAACUGCCGGCUGCAUGCAGGGAAUCGGUCGGCUGUGAUUGGAGGGAUGUUGCUGGUGGGGAUAAUGAACUCGGUAGUGUCGGCAGAGGUGAUUGGCCGCGCCCUGCUGCAGUGAGAAUGCAGGCUGGAUGCUCGGGUCCUCACUUGCGUGAUGAUCAUUAAUUGAGCGAGGACAGCUGAAUAAUUGGGAGCUCGAAGUUGCUUCUGCCUCCGGGAGAGGUCUGUUGGGCUAUCGCUUUUUUCCUUUUUUCAAAAAGCCAAGCAUUUGAUCACCGUCCACCUGCAAAAGUGAGUUUUUAUUGAAGAAGCUCCAGCUGCUCUCUCGUUGUCAGCGACCCGGCGGGGCUUUCAGAGUGAGCUGCUUCUCAGGCCAGGCACGACAGCAGUGCUAGCAAAUUUGAGAAGGCAGGAAACAGCCACUGCAUGCAGAGCUGCCAGCCUUACAACUCCCCAGGCUAGUCGUCCAAGCAGCUGUGUAGCCAGAGACCCUUGGUAUUGUGGUCACAUCCCUCCUCAAAAGUGAACGGUCACCGUCGGCGACGUGGGGAGGAAGCCGUGAUGUUGCAGGUGCUGUGGCAUUUUCUGUCUAGCUUCUUCCCCAGGGCCAGGUGCCAAGGCUCCAGAGAGGGGAGCGGGAAUGAAGUCAGAGGCACCCCGGCUCCGGCACGGGGAGCCCAGCUGCCAAGCUUUUUGGGGAAACAGGACGGAAGGGCUGAGGCCACGGAAAAGAGACCCACCAUCUUGCUGGUGGUCGGACCCGCAGAGCAGUUUCCAAAGAAAAUUGUACAAGCUGGCGACAAAGACCUCGAUGGGCAGCUAGACUUUGAAGAGUUUGUCCAUUAUCUCCAAGAUCAUGAGAAGAAACUGAGGCUGGUAUUCAAGAGUUUGGACAAGAAGAAUGAUGGACGGAUCGACGCGCAGGAGAUCAUGCAGUCCCUGCGGGACCUGGGAGUCAAGAUAUCUGAACAGCAGGCAGAAAAAAUCCUCAAGAGAAUACGAACGGGCCACUUCUGGGGCCCUGUCACCUACAUGGACAAGAACGGCACAAUGACCAUCGACUGGAACGAGUGGCGAGACUAUCACCUCCUGCACCCCGUGGAAAACAUCCCUGAGAUCAUCCUGUACUGGAAGCAUUCCACGAUCUUUGAUGUGGGUGAGAAUCUGACGGUCCCCGACGAGUUCACGGUGGAGGAGAGGCAGACGGGGAUGUGGUGGAGACACCUGGUGGCUGGCGGUGGGGCGGGGGCUGUAUCGAGAACCUGCACGGCCCCCCUGGACAGACUCAAGGUGCUCAUGCAGGUCCACGCCUCCCGCAGCAACAACAUGUGCAUCGUGGGUGGCUUCACCCAGAUGAUUCGAGAAGGAGGGGCCAAAUCACUCUGGCGCGGCAAUGGCAUCAACGUCCUCAAAAUUGCCCCCGAGUCGGCCAUCAAGUUCAUGGCCUAUGAACAGAUCAAGCGUCUCGUUGGGAGUGACCAGGAGACUCUGAGGAUUCACGAGAGGCUUGUGGCAGGGUCCUUGGCAGGGGCCAUUGCCCAGAGCAGCAUCUACCCGAUGGAGGUCCUGAAGACCCGGAUGGCCCUGCGCAAAACAGGCCAGUACUCGGGCAUGCUGGACUGCGCCAGGAAGAUCCUGGCCAGAGAGGGCGUGGCCGCCUUCUACAAAGGCUAUGUUCCCAACAUGCUAGGGAUCAUCCCCUACGCUGGGAUAGACCUGGCCGUCUACGAGACACUCAAGAAUGCCUGGCUGCAGCGCUAUGCGGUGAACAGUGCAGACCCCGGCGUGUUUGUGCUCCUGGCCUGUGGCACCAUGUCCAGCACCUGUGGCCAGCUGGCCAGCUACCCACUGGCCCUGGUCAGGACCCGGAUGCAGGCCCAAGCCUCCAUUGAGGGCGCCCCGGAGGUGACCAUGAGCAGCCUCUUCAGACAGAUCCUGCGGACCGAGGGGGCCUUUGGCCUGUACCGGGGGCUGGCCCCCAACUUCAUGAAGGUGAUUCCGGCCGUGAGCAUCAGCUACGUGGUGUACGAGAACCUGAAGAUCACCCUGGGUGUGCAGUCGCGGUGACGGGAGGGAGGCCAGCCUGCCCGCGGACUCGCUGAUCCUGGGCCUGCAGCCCCGGGAUGUGGAGCCAUCUCAUUCUGUGAAUGUGCCAACACUGAGCUGACUGAAGCCAAGCUGUGAAGACCCUGGGACGCACCUGCAGGGCUGGGGGCAGAGCCGGCCCCCGCUGGGUCUGUCCUGCUGACCCUGGCUGACCCUCGGGUCCAUUCCAGGGAAGACCUGUGGGUGUUCCUCAGGGUCCAGGGCUCAGCAGGACACAGGCUCGCGUGCGUGGGGACGGGACACUUCCUGUGCUGCCUGCCGAAUAGCUGGGCUGCGAGGCUGGCUUAGUUCUUCCAUCGCGUCCUCGCAGCCAGACCAUUGGCGCGGGGCGCCUUCGGGCCUGCUGAGUGUCCUCCCCGGGCCCACCUUGCUUCCUUCCUUGCUGCUGUUUUAAAUGGUAGGAGGAGGGCCCGCAGCCCACUCCCCCCGCCACGCUGCUCCUCUCCGCCCAGUCCGUGGGGAAGGGUGGCUCUACCUGACCUAAGCCCGACUUCCCAACCGGCAGCGCAGCCACUGGCAGGGAAGAGGGAGGAGUCUGGCUUCUGAGCUGCCCCGCAGACGGGCACCUGGAUGCCCGUGUGUGUGACGAGGGCAAGGCUGCCUGGCGUCCUGGCGCAUGGCUUCAUGGGUCCUGGGACCCAGAGGGCCUCUGCUCCCUGCUGCUGGGGGGCUCGUGGGGCUCCGAGCGGGCCCCGGCCCCUGGCAGGACUGGCACCAGCUCAGAACUAACUCCCUGUCCCUUCCCGCCGGCAUGAGGGCAGUGGUUUCUGCCCUGAGUCUGCACGCCCUGGUGAGAGAAGGAAAAGGUGUUCAAGGCCUUCAUUAUGUAUUGUUGGAAAAAGGGCUUUGUUCAGAAAGACAAGCCGGACAAAUGUACAAGUUCUGCUCUUCCAGGGAGAAGACAAAGAGAGCCAGUGGCUCAGCCGACCGCGUUAAAGUCUGUUUCUGACGCCCCGGGGAUUCGUGUCCAAUCCCAGCUGGGGCAAAGUGGGACCAGCCUCACAUUCCACUGAUGCAACGUAUCACACUGCUUGGAGCCUAUUUAUUUUGUAUUUAUUUGAACAGAGUUAUGUCCUAACUAUUUUUAUAGAUGUGUUUAAUUAAUAGCCCGUCAUUUUCAAGUUCAUUUUUUAUUCAUAUUUAUGUCCCUGGUUGACUGCACCUUCCCAACACCUGUGAGGUGGGGUGGGAAGAGGAAGGAGGGGGCCGUGGCAGUGACCCUUCUCGCUGCUGCACCAUGUCUGUCCAAAGAAAUUUCUUUCGGAACUGGCGACAGAAGAAAGGCAAGAAGGCAGAAGGGCCCUGAUCACAGAGAGACGGUCCUUCGGCGGGUCAGGGCAGGGCCAGCACCUAGGAAGCCUUAGGAUCUGAGGGUUUGAUCAGGGGCCAGGAAGAGUGGGGGAAAUCUCAACCCUAUUCAGGAUGGAAGUCCAAAUCAUUUCUUAGACUGGGAGGGAUUUCUUUAUUCACCCUUUUUGAAAGACAAGGCAGUGAGGUGCCUAUCACUGUGAGUUUGGGGUGGGGGCCAGAGGAGAGGGCGGCCGGCUCCCCACCCGUACCUGUGAAGCGGGCUCCCUCUGUCCUGGGCCCCCCGCUACCCCUGCUCAGUAAUGCUGGUCAGCGUGCAACUGCACAGCCACACUUCCAUUCACCAGAACGGCCUGAUGAGGACAAUUUAAAUAGGAUGCAAAGAUCAAUGCAAGAUUUAUUGUUAAAUAUAAAUAGAGUUAUAACUGGAAUUGGUGACAAAGCAAAUUAAGAAAGAAUUGGAAUUUGUCAUUUAAAACAGCCUUCUAAUAAAGUUGUUUCAGAGCUGA